UCUCUUACUAUUAAAUGACUAAGAAACAACGCCUGCAGACUCGGCAUGUGGAAUAAUGCAUCCUCAAAAACUUUAAUAAAGCUCACGAUAGUAUAGAGCAGGCUAUAUUUAUGUUGCGAUUGCACACGGCUGCAGCUGGAUAUGGCGAACACUCUGGAGAGGGAGAUUCUGGAGCGGGAGCUCCGUCCACGGCUCUGUUAUUUGACUAAAGGAGACCGCGGCUACGGAUUUCAUCUGCACGGCGAACGCAACCGAGGAGCGCAGCUCAUCCGCAUGAUAGAGCCGGGCUCCACCGCGGACCUGUCCGGUCUCAGGUCCGGCGACCGGGUGGUGGAGGUGAACGGAGAGAACGUGGAUGGAGAGACGCAUCAGCAGGUUGUGCAGAGGAUCCUGGAGGUGGAGCACCGCACCAGGCUGCUGGUGGUGGACCGGGUCACCGAUGAGUUCCUGAAGUUUCACGGUCUGCCGUGUACAGAGGAUAGGGCGAUUGAGAUGGGCUCUCUGUCCUCUCGCUCCUCAGCGGCGUCCUCUCCCCGCGCCUCCCCACGAGACUCCGCCACUCCUCCCUACAGCAGACAGAGCUCUGAGGGCAUUUUCAUUAAUAAGAGUCCCAGCAGCACUGGAGGAGUGAUGAACGGCUCUCCGCUCUACAGAGCUCAUGCCCGUCUGGCGUCACCCGGUGAACACAAGACCGAACUGGAGGCCGAACCCUUCACCAAACUCACAGCCGAGCCUGAACCCGAGUGUGAACUCAGCACUGACCUCAGCGGAUCUCAGACCAGCACACAGGAGGAGACGGCUUUGGAGGAGGAUGUGGUAUCGAAGGACCUGCGUCCGCGCUCGUGUCACAUGACUAUAGGGGAGCAGGGCUACGGCUUCAACCUGCACUGCAAGAAGUCGCGCGCGGGUCAGUUCAUCCGCUCGGUGGACCCCGACUCUCCGGCGGAGCGCGUGGGCCUGAGGCCCAGAGACCGGCUCAUCGAGGUGAACGACAGGAGUGUCGAGGGCCUGCGUCACGCGGAGGUGGUGGCGUUGAUCAGAGCGGGCGGCACAGACACACGUCUGCUGGUGGUGGAUCCCGACACAGAUGAGCUCUUCAACCGACUGGGCAUCGUGCCCACAUCUAUUCAUCUUAAAGAGGACUGUGUGGACGGGCCGAUCAUAGAGAGUCCUGGAACGACAUAUCCAACCGCACACAGCCCUGUGUCUUCUUCACCGGUCCCAGACACCCCCAAGAUCUCUCCACCAAUCAUCAACAUCACACUGACUGAGCCACCAAUCAGCAACGGCUCCCCAAGACACCAGAGUCACAGAAGCUCCUCCUCUCGAUCCACUUUAUCAGAGACGAGCGCUGAAAUCAGCAGCUUUGACAGCAGCAGCAAGCUCACAGAUUCUGACCAUCUCUCCAGCGAUGACGCCCCUAAACCAAAGCCAGACGUGAACUCUGAGGAGCGGCCGCUAGAUCCGUUCUGGGAGAGCGGUCUGCAUCUGAGUCUGACCGCGGCAGAAGCCAAGCAGAAAGCCCGGGCCAAACGGCCCAACAAGAGAGCGCCCCCAAUGGACUGGAGCAAGAAACAGGAAAUCUUCGGCAACUUCUGAGCAGCCACACAUCGGAAAGCUCACCUCAGUCCUAGAGAGACACCACCAACACACACAGACCCGACCAAAGACAUGCAGCUUAGACCAGAUUAGAUCAACCUCCAGAAACAAGUGAAAGGGUGAGAGAGAAAAGGCUUGAGUUUGGAUUCGGGCUGAUCUGACAGAAAUGCAACACGUUUGUUCUUGAUGCACAUCAUAUUAUGGGUUCAACUGAGCUUAAUUUGGCAUUUGUUGCUAGUAAGUGCUUCACAUUCAGCCAGUUGGUUGUUUUACCCAAUAAUGCGCGAGUUCCCUUCAUGAAGUCACUUCACUGCCAUCGCAUUUCUACUCUUUCUCAAACGCAACAGCAGUUUCCACAAAGCAGACAAUAAGGAAGGAAUGCAAAGCGAGGGAGAAAACGUCAUUGCAAGGCAGAAACAGUAAGAAGGAAAGACAUACUGAAGGAAAGGUGAGGAGAAAGUGAACAAAAGAUGGCAACUGAACAUCGAGCAGAGAAGCCAAAGGUUGUAGGUUCAAACCCCUGAAGAAAGAAGUUACCAUUAGAGAAAAUGCACAGUAAGUUGUGUUGGUUGACAAUGAACGAUCAGAAGAGGAGGUUCAGUCAGAGAUCUUUACACAGUGAAGUUGAGUUCAUCUUUAUGCUAGUGUAGCCUACUCCUAAAUCCUCACAACACUCACUCUUAGCAGAAAUAGCUACACUUAAACUAUACAACAAAAACAUUGAUGACAUCCUGCACUACACAGAUUUUCGUCCAAUCAGACGCUCUCUAGAAUUAGCAUAUUGGCUAAUGGCUGUUUUUUUAAAGGGACGAUCUCCUCAAUAUGUCCCAAGCUCAAAGAAUAUUUAUGUAUUUAUUUUCUUGCCAUGCUCUCAUAAAUGCUGGUUUAACAUUGCUAAAUGAUAUUGAAUAUUGGGUAUUUAUAGACCUUAUAGUUCAACAGGCUGUCAUUAUCAUCUUAUUCUAGAUCAAUAUUAACCAGUCUGUUCGAGCAGUGAACCUCAUCUGUUUCUGACCGCAGUCUCUGUGGAUUUCAAAAAUCAAAAGUAAAACAAUGUCUUUAAAAAUGCACUAACACAUGUACAGAAAUCUAGCUAUUAAUAAUUAAUAACAUAAUUGUGUAUUCUGAAAACGUAAAGUAAUACAACAAUGUAACUGAUUACAGAAAAGCCCUAAUAUAUUUACAUCUGAGGCAUGUUGUUUUAAGUCAAUUUUGUUUCAAGUCGUUCUACAUUUAAACUUAGACCACAUUAUUAGAUUACCUUUUGACUUUAUGAAUGCACAUAAAUGACAGCUCAAAGGGGUCAUAGGA